AGCUGCCGCCUGUCUCAUCUCCCAGCAUUUGUCCCGUCCAUGUUAUUGUGAUCCGACAUUCCACGGAGGGGCAAGGUUUAUAUUUAGCGUUGUUGAUCAGGCAGUGAGGAGAACACUGUGGCUGUCGGGGAGAGAGAGAGAGUCUUCAGCUCCCCAAUCAACUCCGUGAGCCCACGUUGGACAAACGCCUCGAUGGGGAACUACAAGUCCAGGCCCAACCAGACUUGCACGGACGAAUGGAAGAAGAAGGUGAGUGAAUCGUACGCAGUGUCGGUCGAGAGGCUGCAGGAUGACCAGUGCAUCAAGGACAGCGAGAUGCUGGAACUCAAGCACGUCUUCAGCUCGGACGAAGCCUUCGGUAAAGUCAACAUGAACUAUCGGACCGCAAACGGCCUCUCGCUCCUGCACCUCUGCUGCAUCUGUAACGGUAACAAAGCCCAUGUCAGGACCCUGAUGUUGAAGGGCCUGCGAGCAUCCCGGCUCACCAGGAAUGGAUUCACUGCCCUGCACCUUGCUGCCUUCAAGGCGGACGGUGAGCUGGUGACGGGGCUGCUGCACGGUGGGGCCGACAUCCAGCAGGUUGGAUACGGAGCGCUGACCGCCCUGCACAUCGCCGCCAUCGCCGGGCACAGCGAGACGGUGGACAUCUUGCUGCAACACGGGGCGUUUGUCAAUGUCCAGGACGCCGUGUUCUUCACGCCGCUGCACAUCGCCGCCUACUUUGGCCACGAGCUGGUGGGCCGACUGCUGCUGAGGUUCGGGGCGGAUGUGAAUGUCAGUGGGGAGGUCGGUGACCGGCCACUGCAUCUCGCUUGUGCCAAAGGCUUCCUUGGCAUGGUCACCCUGCUGCUGACCGACGGCAGCGACACUGAUGUCAAUGCCCUGGACAAUGAGGACCACUCUCCCCUACACUUCUGCUGCCGCUUUGGCCACCAGCACCUGGUCACCUGCCUCCUGCAGGGGGGGUACGGGGUCAACCCCCACGCCGUCAACAUCUAUGGGGAUACCGCCCUACACCU